AUGGCGCCUCGUUUCGCAAGAAUUAUGCUAGCCAUUUCUUCUUUCCACUCCUUUACGUCCGCAUUCCCUAGCCAAGGCAGCUUCAUCGGCAUAACAGCAUGCUCCACGAACUUCUCCCGGAAUAUGACUGAGAUGACACUCCCGCAGUGUUACUCUCUAUGCGGCACGGGCUGGGCGUCGUACGACAAGUGGGACGCCCUUACUAGCAUCUUGACCUGGGUGGUACCUCUCUUCGUACUAGUCGGCAACAUGCACUUCUCGCACUUCGACGUCGCCGUCUACAAGAAAAUCCCAGAUCAGCGAUGGUGGUAUGCGGCUCGGCGAAUUGUGGUGAACGGAGGCCGCAGUCUACUCUUCAACUACGCGUUUGUCAUACUACACCUCCUCGCCGAUCCAAUCGAUACGAUAUGGAGUCUGCUAGAUAAACUAGCGUUCGCGAAGAAAACAAGGGCAUAUAUCCAUGAACAGAUCAGUCAUCCGUCGCACCCUCCAGUCCCAAUGGCCACCGCCAAAGGCAACAUCACCAUAACCCUCCGCGGCCUAUCAACUCAACUCAGCGCCCCACCGCUCACCCCCCACGCCCUCAAAAACCUCCAAAUCGUCCUCUUCGCCCUCGACGACUUCUCCCCCUCCCCCUCCAUCCUAACCCUCCUCCACCUCCUCCACCACCCCGCCCUCCCCCCUCACCGCCGCGAGAAGCUCCUCGAAACCCUCGCCCACACCGCAACCCUCCUAACCCAUACCCGCAUCAAAAGCGCCCGCCGCGCCGCCCUCGCCGUCACCGCCUACGCCUACCCCCUCUUCACCUCCGUCGCCAGCGGCGCCGCUGCUUCCAGCACCCCAACGCACUUCCCGCACACCAUCGCCCUACGCGAGCUGUACUACUGGCUCAUCCCCACCAUCGCGCUCAGCAGCGCCGCGGGCGCGUGGCCGACGGAAAAGACAGCAGGCGUGGCGUUGCAGCCGCUAGUGCGCGAGGUCAACCUGGUGACGAGGGAGGUGGAGCUGAAAGGGGAGGAGAUGGCGCUGGGGACGCCGCGGCCGUGGAAUGGGGCCGUGUAUACGUGGCGGCCGCGUAAGCGGGUGAGGUGCUGGGAGGACGUUGGGAUGCUGGGGAGCGCGUUUGCGGUUGUGGCGGGCGCGUGGGGGUUUAGUUUUGUGAUGAGUGUGGUUACGCCGACGCGAGGGUUGGGGUGUAGGGCCGUGACUGAGGUUGGGUAUUUUGCGGCGUGGUGUGUGAACUUUUUGAUGACGCAGGGGGUGUGUUUGUGGUGGGGUAGGGGAGGGAGAGGCGGUGGGAGGUGGGGAGAGGGAGGGGAGGAGAAAGAUGGGAGAGCGCGGGGGUUGUUUGUGGUGGUGUUGGUUAAGGAUGCGGUUUUUGCGGUGCCGAUGACGCUGAUUUUGUUUUUAGCGUUUAAAGGUUGGUGGAAUAGUUGCGAUUGUUGGUCUGCGAGGUGGAGUCUUGGCUUUGCGAAUGCGCGUGUUCCGCUGGGGUUGGCUGCGUGGGAGAAACAGCAUGAUUAUCUUUACUACGCGCUCAUCGGGGGUGCGUUGGGCUUUCAGGUGCUCGCGGCAGUGUGCAUGGUGGGGUGGAACAGGGGGGUGCUGAGGUUGAUUUAUGGGGAGGCGGAGAAGGCGAAUGAAAUAAGGGUACCAAAGGGAAAGGAAUGAUAAUUCAAUCUGUCUUGUUAUGGCGUAUCGAUAUAUGUUUCUAUUACGACACUCUCUAGACACUGCUGUAGUCUCCUUCUAAGGCGAAAUUUGCUACACGCAAUAUUUGAUUAGAAUGGUGAGAAUUACGAAGAUUUGGACACAGUAUGGUCGAGGACAUCAAAUACCCGAUCAGGUCACGCGGUUCUCGCAUCCUGAUUGGCAGACGCCGACUCCAUGCGAUUUCCCCCACCAUACCCUCUUUCGCAGCAUCAUACUCCACAUUGACAUAUCCAAUAACAACAUAAAACUGCCAGC